CUAACCCUGUCCGCCCGCGGGCCCCAGAGCUGCACUCACUGCCGGAGCCCGGGACGUGGCGCCCCGGGGAAGGAGGGCGAAGGGACUGAGCGAUGGCUCCGCGGGGACUCCCGGGGUCCGCCGUGCUCGCCGCUGCUGUCUUCGUGGGAGGCGCCGUGAGUUCGCCGCUAGUCCCCUCGGAUCACAGUGGCAGCCACCCGCUACCCUCCAAAACCGAGACGACGCCCUCGCCCACGAACAGCGCUGGGAAUGGACACCCGGAAUACAUCGCGUAUGCCCUCGUCCCUGUCUUCUUCGUCAUGGGUCUCUUUGGCGUCCUCAUUUGCCACCUGCUUAAGAAGAAAGGCUAUCGAUGUACAACAGAAGCUGAGCAAGACGUUGAAGGAGAAAAGGUUGAAAAGAUAGAGUUGAACGACAGUGUGAAUGAAAACAGUGACACUGUUGGGCAGAUUGUCCAGUACAUCAUGAAAAACGAAGCAAAUGUUGAUGUUUUAGCGGCAAUGGUAGCAGAUAACAGCGUGUGUGAUCCUGAAAGCCCAGUGACGCCCAGCACUCCUGGGAGCCCGCCGGUGAGCCCUGGGCCCUUGUCACCAGGGGGCACCCCAGGGAAGCAUGUCUGCGGCCACCAUCUGCACACAGUGGGAGGUCCUGUCGAGCGGGACGUGUGUCAUCGGUGUAGGCACAAGCGGUGGCACUUCAUAAAACCCACCAACAAGUCCAAAGAGGGCCGCCCGAGGCGCCAAGGAGAGGUCACCGUCCUCUCUGUGGGCAGGUUUAGAGUUACAAAAGUGGAACCCAAGUCCAAUCAGAAGGAGCGGAGAAGUUUGAUGUCGGUUAGUGGGACCGACAGUGUCAAUGGGGAGGUGCCGGUGACGCCUGUGAAGAGACAGCAGAGUGACGCAGAGUAGCAGGUAUGACUAUAUGUGAAGAGUUCUAAAAGACUAAGAACUUAAAACAUGCGAAGUUGCCUAGGGAAUUAUUUUUUAUCUUUUAUACAAUUUCUAUGGUAGAGUCUACAGGCAAGUGGAUGAAAGCUAAAAGGGAAUACUGUUGCUAUGCUGGAUACAGAAUUCAGUUUGCUUUGAAACAAAUUUUGGUUUAAAAAAUGUCUGAUGAAAAAUUUUAUUCCCUAUCCAAGGAGGAAAAGAGCUCAUAUUUUUAAUAUUCCCAACCACUGUCCCUCCCAAUCCCCCAUCCGUGGCCUUGGUGUACACACUGCAGCUUCUCCAGUAUGGCCACUAUGGACAGUGGAACUAUUUGUGUAUGGUCUGAGCUAAUGCUCAGAGUGUGUGUGUAUGUGCACGCGCGUGUGUACACCUGUCUGUGCACCUGUGCUUCUGUUCCCCCAACCCUUGGAUCUCAUUUUGUUACUGGUUGUAAGACGAUCCUCUUACAGUUUAACUGUAGUAGAAAAUAAAAGAUGGCAUCUUCGCUGGUGAAGGCUCCUUGAAGAUGUAGUCUAGCCCUGGGUACUUAAUCCCCCCCAAGAGAGUAUGGAGUUGGAGGGAACCAGAUGCUAGACUUUGGAUUCGGAGAUCAGAAAUCAGCACUGACCUGCUGCCAGCAUGCCACUCCUAGGUCACUCAUAAAAUAGUGAGUUUUUGUUUUUUUUUUAACUCAAGCUAAGCAAAUCUUAUUUAGCCAUUGGAUAAGGGGGAAAAUGGUUUCAAGUCACUCUAAAAAAGCCUUGUUUUAAUAACCCAAGACCAAGACAAAACAAUCUCCACUUCUAAUGUAAGAUGGGCCCGCACCUUCCUCUGGUGUGUUUUCCUUGGUGGUCUUCCUGUUCUCCAUCUUGUAGCUAGUCCCUGUUUUUAAAGGAUUCUUGAGGGUUACUUUCUCCUGUAGGCCUGGAAUAUGCCACUUUAAAAAAAAAAGCUGUUUACAGAACACCUGGAAGAACCCAGAGGUGAAGGAAGUAGUAUAUUUACGGUAGGUCUGGGCCAAGAGGAAAGAGGUCCAGGCGCAGGAACUUCUCCAAGACCUGCCUCAAUGUCAGUAUUGCUGUGGUGCCUCAGGGCACUUCCUUUAUUGCAAAAAGAAAACACAGUUCUCAUUUACUCCCAAAAGAUAAUUUUUAUGAAAAUGUACUUUAAAGUAUUAACUGUAAAUAUACUCAUUCCAUUCUUUUUCUGGCACCAGACUAAAAAUUUCUAACCUUUUAAGUGAAUGGUAGGUUCAAUUUCAUGUGAGUUUUUGCUGACAACUAAUUAAAAGGUGUAUGUGUGCCUGCAUAUACACAGUGGACCAGGAGAAGGCAAUAUGGAAAUAAAUUUCACUGUGCUCCAAAAAGUAGCAAUAUAAGAAUUUUUUUUGGGGGGGGAUGUGCAUUAGUAUAAAUAAUAUACAUGCAGUCUAGACCAGUAGUUUUAUAAAAAGGAAUUGUUUUUUGUUUUAAAAAUAUCAUGCCCUCAAAAUGAUGAGGGAUAAAGUGUAAGAUAUUCUUCAGCUUUAAUUAUUUUUUAAUUUUAUUCAGGUCAGAGCACUUUUUAAAAUAGCAAUACAACAGAUAAGAAAAUACUCAAAAUAUUUAAAAUUGUAUUUAUACCAAGAGUACAUAUGUUUUAAAUAUUUUCUAAUACUUGAGCAGUUGCUGUCUGACUGGCUUCCAAAUAUGCCAAGAGUUAAGCAUUCAAUAUAUGCGCUUUUUACUGGUUUAUAUUAUCUAAUAAGAAUCCUUAAGUGUCUCCAGUGCAACUGAUGUUUACAGGCCUUUUGUGUUUUUCCUCCUUCUUUAGAAGGCUUGGGAAGCCGCAACAAAGUUACUGUAUAAAACACUAAUGAUGGACUAACUUCUGAUGUAAUAAAUGAGUUGGCUACCACCUCGAUGUAAAAAUUUGUAAAGGGAAUUUUUCACCAUUUUGAGUGUUAAGUGUAUUUUUAACUGUCUGGUUUGUACUUCUACAACUUUUGUACUACCAAAGAAGAGUUAAAAAUAAAAAUGUUAAACACAGGGAGCUGUUUUUGAAUGAUCCAAUUGUUGGUGCCUUGGGUGCUGAAAAGUACAAUUGUGGUUGGUGUAAUUUAUCAAGCUUAAUUUCCUUAUGUCUAAAUUGUCAAGUGAUCACUUGGCUGACUUUGCUCAUUGGGUUCUUCCUCUUCCCAUAGUGAUAUCACCCCCUGAUUAUUAUUUUGUUUAAGUCUGAGGAUGUAUGGAAUGUAUGGCAUUUUGGAUGUAUGGAACAAUUGCAGAAGCAGUACCAAGAGUUCUUGUAUGCUCUUCACCCCGCUUUCCCUUACAGUAUCAUCUUACAUAACCAUUGAACGAUGAUCAAAGCUAAGAAAGCAACAUCAGUGUAACACUAUGGAUUAAGUCACAACGUCAUUCCAAUCUCACCACUUACCCCAUUAACAUCCUGUUCUGUUCCAGAUCGCCCACCGCAUUUAGCCGUUGGCUUCCUUAGUCUCUGACUUGUGAUUGUCCCUCAGUUUUUCAGGAUCGUCACAUGUUAGUGUGUACUCACCAGUUAUCUUAUAGAAUGCCCUUCAGCCUAAGUGUGCCAGCUGUUUCUCCUGAUUAGACCGAGGGUUUGCAUUAUAGAAAUGAUGCCCUUCCUCUUGCUCCAUAUUGGGGGGCUGUUGGGGGAGAACGUGAGGUUUGUAUGUAUCACUAGGGAUGUCAGCCUCCACUACUUGGCCCAGGUGGUGGCCACCAGCUUUCAUUUCUAUGAAGUCACUAGUUUUCCCUUCGUAAUGAAUAAGUUUUUGAGGGGAGAGACUUUGAGAUUGGGGCUUCCCAGGUGGCACAGGGUUAAAGAAACUGCCUGCCAGUGUAGGAGAUACGAGAUGUGGGUUUGAUCCCUGGAUCAGGAAGAUCCCCUGGAGAGGAAAUGGCAAUCCACUCCAAUAUUCUUUCCUGAAAAAUUCCAUGGACAGAAGACCCUGGUGAACUACAGUCCGUGGGAGUUUCAAAAAGACUCAACUGAUCGUGCAUGCGCGCACACAAACACUUUGAGAUUAGGCACAUCCUAUUUCUGCUUAAACUUUCACCCUUUAAUUUUUACCAUGUCUUACUUUAUUAGGGCUCCUAUAAAAAACAAAGGUGGUGGCCUAAAACAGCAAAAAUUUAUUCUUUCACAGUUGAGGAAGCAAAAGCCUGACUGUCCCACGCCCCGCCUUGCCUCUUGGUGCUUACUGGCAGUCACUGGCAUUUCCUGCUGUAUAGCUGCUUUGCUCCAGUGUCUGCCCCUGUCUUCACAUGGACAUCUUCUCUGUGCGUGGGCCUCUGUUCACUCAUCUUCUCAUGGGGGCACCAAUCAUUAUAUGGAUAUAGGACCCUUAGUAAUCUAGGAUAACUGCAUUUUGAUUACAUUUGCAAAGACCCCAAUUCCAAAUACGAUCAAUCAUCUCCACAGGAACCUGGAGUUAGAACUUCAACCUAUCUCUUUAGGGGACACAGUUCAACCCCCUGCACCAUCUAUUGGUGGGUCUUGCCUGCAGCUGUUUUUACUGUGGAGGGACUCUUUCAGGUCGGUGGCUGUGACCUUUUGAUAUGGCUCCUUCUCUUUAUUUCGUCUUCACUUUCUCUCUUUAUCCCUUUUGCCCUCUCUACCUUUCUGGAUACCAUAAGAUGCUCCAGGCUCAUCCUCUCAUCUUGUGCUUUUUUCAUCUCAGCCUUGGAAUCCACCACUAAUUGAGGAGAUCUGGCUCCCUUUAUUGGAGAAUGGUGUUUAGAAGUAGAGACCAGGGCACUAGGUGUGCUCAUUGAUGCUGGGGUGUUACUGCUUCCAGGCAUGCAUACACACACACACACCUCUUUAUGUAACUUUUUAUGUUUUCUUUUGGCUGUACCAUGUGGCAUGUGGGAUCUCAGUUCCUCGAGCAGGGAUCAAAUGUGUGCCUUUUACAGUGGAGUGCCAGGGAAGUCCCUAUGUAACUAUCUUUAUUUUUAAAAAAUUUAAUUAAUUUAUUUAUUUUGACUGUGCUGGGCUCUUCUCUAGUUGCAGCAAACGGAGACCACUUUCUCAUCAUGGUGCACAGGCUUCUCAUCGCAGUGGCUUCUCUUGCGGCAGAGCACAGGGUCUAGGGCUCACAGGCUUGAGCACUCGUGGUUAGCGGGCUCUGGAGCACAGGUUCAAUAGUUGUGGCACACAGACUUAGUUGCUCAAAGGCAAGUGGGAUCUUCCCGGACCAAGGGUAACCCAUGUGUCCUGCAUUGGCAGGUGGAUUCAUUACCACUGAGCCACCAAGGAAACCCUCUGUAUAAACUAUCUUUAGAACAAAAUAACUGCUGCCUCUGACCCCAGUCUAGCUCCACAGGCUUCCCUCUAAACUUCCCACUUUCCCCCUUUGUAAUUUUUCUCCAACAAUAAAGAAACCUGGCUCUUAUGAUCCAUGAUCUUUUUAUAUGUGUAUCAACUCUAGCAUAUGUAUAAAGUAGCUUGAGUAUAGAGCCCUAAAGAAAGAUUUCCAAUGAGAGCAUAGUGCCAUGUACUAUUCUUCUAGUUUUGAGCCUUAGAAAAUCCAGCCAGAAGCCCGUUAGCCAGAAUUACUUAGGUCAGCACCUUCGUUCCCCACCCCUUGGGCGUGGUUAUGUGAUUCAGUUUUAACACAGUCAUUUGUCAUCGUCUGCAUUCCAUCCAGGUUAAGUUUCUUAAAAUGUAUG